AUGGCGGAUGCUGUAGGGACGGAUGAGGCCGAUGACCGUUCUUGGUCGUCGUGGAGCUCAGCUUUCGAGCCACAGCAACCGGAGCCUCCCCUCCCGUCCGUGAAGAAGCGUAAGAAGAAGAAGACAAGGAAGGCCGGGAAGACCUCUCGUAAGAGGCAUAAGGCCCGGCGGGUGAGUCCCGCGCCUGAUUCGGACAGUUCGGCCAUCGAGGCCAGGACGGAAGUCCUACAGGAGGUGGGGGCUCGACAGCCAACAGUGUCGGCUACGGCUUCGUCGGGGGAGCUCAGGCUACCCCUUGAUGGUGAUAUUGCUACUGAGGACUUGCUUGACAUCGAUUCGCAGUCUGCAGGUACUUAUACGGUGGAGGAUCACACUGAGGCAGUCAUGCACCAUGCUAGGUCGGGACGCCUGCGUGCAGAGACAGCGCUCGGGACCUCGAGCGAAAACAUGCGCAAGAGCGCUCUCGAUGUGAGUGUGUACGCCAGAGGUUGCGUGCGUGCAGAGGAGCCUGGUGCUGGGUGUUUGACAAGGGAUGUUUCCCUGGCCAAUGGGACCGAUGGGGCCGAUGAUGCCCCCAUUCGGAGCAGAAACUGCGAUCGCAGACGCGGCCGGGAAUCAAGAUCGGGGGGAGCGCGAGCUGCUGCGCAUUUUCCCCCGCCAUUGCCUCAGCUGCCGGCAGCAGCGCCGGGAUAUGAAUGGAGGCAAGUACCAGUGGUGCCGGUGCAGCCACCUUUCCCGCUUCCCUCGACACCUGCCCCGAUUGCUCCUGCUGUGCAUGUGCCUCAGCAGCAGACUACUUGGAAUCGCCAGCCCUGGCGCGGAGGAGGCCAGCAGAAGCAGGGCCAAUGGAACAAGCGCUGGAACCAGUGGCAUCGGUCCAGCCAGGGGUCGGGUGAGCCUCGAGGGUCGGGCCGUCAGUCCUCUUGGACGGAUCCAGACCACCACAACAUUCAGGAGGCCACUCCUUCUGAAGUGGCCACGGCCGACGCCCGUAAGGCUGCUAAAGAGGUUGAUCAGGACGAGGCCGACGACGAAGCGUCGUACCUCGCAGCUCUGUGGAAGUCGGCGGAGGAUCAAGCGCGCGCAGACCCCACUCGCCCAUUGUCAGCUCGGGAACUGGCAGAGCAGGGAAAACUGCAGUGGUGGUGGAAGAUGCCUUGGAAGGCCAUCGCCGAGAAGUUCCCCGACACGGCUGCAUACAAGGAAUUCUUGGAAGGACUUGAAGGUCCGAUACCGGCCUCUGUGAUAUCCCGAGUGGCCACGGUCCUUGCUGCCUUUCGGGCUUACGGCCGCCCCCUCGAGGGGGAGAAUCCUGUGGCGGGCGUCGUCGGACCCGAUGCUCACAUUUUUCGGGUGCCUGGGCAACGAAUUUUGAUCUUAUCCUGCGAAUUGCGCGGGCCAAGCUAUAUCCGCAAUCCGAACUCGGAACACUCUGCUAUCAUGGCUCAUGGUACCUCUUUCCCAUCUUUAGUCGGCGUGGCGGAGAUAGGGGAGAUCGCAGUGAACGAUUAUCGCGAUCAGGGAAUUCCCUGCUUCGGCUUUUCGGCACGAGGUUCAUUGGUCGGACUGUCGCGAGAUGCACUGGAAAGUGCAGCGACAAAAUGCGCGAGUCGGGCUAAAGCCCUGGGUGGUGCGAUUAUCCUCGUAGAGUGCGAGUUGCCACGGGGCACCCCCCCUGUGGAGGGGGGGAACGAAAUGAUGCAGAUCUGUUGCCGGGACGCUGGCUCGGCGUACCGCCGGGUCCUCACAUUACUUCAUGCCUUUUCGAGUUUCUUUGACCUGUGUACUUUGAUGGCGGAUGACGAGGAGGACGGCCCGGAUUCUGUUCAGGCAGUUUUGGCAGGGAAAUCACCGAACACCAUCUUGAAACAUGUGGGUCCGGUUCGUACUUUUUGCGAGUGGCUUUUGAAAGCAAUUCAUACUCCGCCUUUUGCGGAGAAAGUCUUGUGGUCUUUCAUCCAUUGUGUCCUCAAGCUGCCUAAGACCGCGGUGUCCGAAGUUCUCCAGUUGCACGCGAUCUGUUGUGAUCGCGAUAUUUCUGUCAUUGAUAGAUGCGGGGCGGCACAUUUCCUUGCUAUGGUCUACGCGAGGGUGGCUGAGGUAUCUACUGCCACGUCCAUCGACGGAACAGGCCGUCAGUUCGCACUCAUUGAAGGCCAUCACGCGGAUGCAGCGACUGGCAGUGAUGCAGUUUAUGGGCGUGAGUUGCAGAGCGCAGCACUACGUGAGUACGUUGUCGUACUGGAUGCAGUGGCGACGGGUAAGUUCCUGCCGGACCAGACUCGUUCGGGUCAUUUCUCAUCAGGUUGGACUCGGGAGUCCAUCCUGCAGGCGGCUGCUUUUCCACAGGACUCGGAAGUCCUGCAGGCGGCGGUGGAAGAUGACCAAGAUGAGGCUUUGGCUGUGGUUUCUGAUGUUUCAGACUCUGAUGAAGAAGCCCCGGAGGAACAAUCUUUCUGGGCUCAUCCGACUAGCCAGGUCCUGCAUCGCACGACUUUGGGGUCGGCAAUGUUUUUGUGUGGCCGAGCUUUUGGCGAUCAUUAUCGGCGCAUUCCUAUGGCUCGGGCGCAAGCGCACCCGCAAUGUGCCAAGUGUUUCCCACGGUACUUAGCCAUGACGAGUUCCGUAGAUUCGGCGCCUUUCUUUGUGCAGCGAGCGGAUGAAAUCUCGCUUGCCAAGCGAGUAGUGGAUGCCUUGAAAGGUAAAGGGGUCACCACUUUGGCCCAGCUGGCCUUUUGUGUCGGACAACCGGGACAGGUGCUAUCUCAGACUGAGUUUGACACGUGGAGCGAGGCCAUGUUGGUAGGCAUCACGGUGGGCGAGAAGGCGUCUCUGAGGCGCCUGAUCUUGGAAGCUCAGACCAUGCUAGUGGCUUCUUUGAAGGAUCUGGCAGAACCUGCUGAACACGCUUCCCCUAAAAAGGUGGGGGUAGCCGAGCGGAAUGCUCGCAUGGAUCAGCUUCGGACUCAGCUCGCCGGAGUUUCGCUCACUGGACAGCUUGAGCCGAGUCAUGCAUUACUUGACAUGGCCGUUCAGCAGUGGGAGAGUCGCUGCCUGAAGUACAUUGGUCCAGAGAAGUGUCAUAGCCGCGAGGAUGAGGUUCAGAACGUUAAGCCUCUGACCACCAGUCUUUCCUUGGAAGGCGGUAAGCUGAAGGUUACGGAGGCUGCUGGUAUGGAGGAUCGUGACAUUGAGGGCUCUUUGCAGGUCCUUAAUACCCUGCGCCGCAGAGGAGUGGCUUACGCAUUUGCUCGCUUGAUCAGUUGGGAAAGACAUGAAGCUUAUGUUUCUUCCUUGUUCAGGUAUUUGACCAAGCCCGCUCAGCCUGGUUACAGGAAGGUGUCUCUUCGUCAGAUCUUGCGGGCUGACAAGCUUGCCUUCUCCAAGUUGUCGGAGGCAGGUGAGGACAUCCGGGCAGAUGCUUCAGGCACUCUCCCGCUUGAUGCCGCGAUCGGGGCUAUCCUUCACGAUUAUGACCUAAUUGUAGCUCUUCUGCCUAUGGGUGAUUUGGAUGGUAAGGGCAAGAAUGCUAAUGGCCGUGGCGGGCGCCCGGGUCCUUACAGCGAGAAUGCGCCCUGGAAGGGGAAGAAUGGCAAAGGUAAAGGCGGUUGGAACUCCAAGGGCUCUGAUAGUUGGACAGGGAAAGGCAAAAACACCUGGCAGGCCAAGGGCAAGUCGCCCAAGGGCAAAGGCUCUGGAGCCGGUAAACCGGAAUGGUUGCCUGAGGGACUUCGCUUCCAGGCGGCUCCGUCGCCUUGCACCGCCGCCUUGGCGUCGGACGUGGAGAUGACACCUUCGGAAGAACCCGUUUCCGGUGCCGUCUCUGUAGCUGAUGUCACGGCAUCGACCUCACCGCCUGUUGGAGUGGGAGUGGACCCUGCUUCAGAGAUGGUAGAUGUCGACGAUUCUCCGAUUUUUGUAGAACCUACAGUUUUGGAUCCCCCUACGAUGCCGAGCGCUUCGUCUGAGCCUUUUGCCUUGGAGCGCACAGAGAGCGAGGGGGCGCUCCCCUCACCUCCCGUGGCAUCGGAGGACUUUUCUCCGGCACCGCCUACUCAGGAGCCGGCCAGAGCCGUUUUGCAGUGCUUUGCAGGUCAAGCUCGUGUGGCUUCGGCCUUGAUUAAGCAGGGCUAUUUUUCCUAUGGAGUGGAUCGAUUCAAGCAGAAGGCGGCCAUGGCCCCAGUGCUUCAGAUGGACUUGUCGACGCGGGAGGCGUGUGACUCUGUCCUAACAUGGCUUGACAACCGGAAGAUCGCGGGUGUUAUGAUAUGUAUUCCUAAACACGCCUCGGAGCCUGUUACUACGGCUUUCGUCCUGGCAGUGAUGGCAGGGUGCUUGAGCAACAACCUGCCCAUGGUUCUUGAGGGUUCGGUGUCUUCCCCCUUUUGGGAGAGUUUCAAUCGUUUACCAUCAGCACAGCACCCUCCGCAUAGGGUGGAGGUGGAUUGGCAGCUUUGGGACUCACAUAGCAAGCAGCGCAGCCUCGUGUGGUCUAAUUUGCCCGAAAUCCUCACUGUGCGCAGGGAGGCGGCACCUAUGGGACGUAAGGUGCAGCAGCGAUCGGAGGCGCAGACAGGUUAUCCGCCGGCUUUUGCCACGGCGAUAGCUGAGGUGUUCAUUGCAGGCCUGACUCAGCGACAGCUGCCAUGCCGCAGCCCGGCCUUAGCUAACAAAUCGCUGCGAGUUUCGGCUAUGAAUCAGCCACGUGGGGCGAUGCCGGAAGUGGUGUCUGAGUGGAAGUUGGUGGUUUAUGUCCUUCUGCCACCGCAGGUUGAGGACCCGUUUGGCGGGUCGAAACGCCUCAAACAGGACUGGCGAGUCCCGCACGGCGCCCGCGUGUUGCCGGAGCUCAAGCUGCUCCCGCAGGAUUCCCAGCUUCUGUCGCGUACUCAGUCAGGGGGGCAAUUGAGCCCGCAACUUCAGCAGCAGGAAAUGCAAAACUUGAAUGGAGCCUCAGUUUUGCGAGUGGGCAUCCCAUGGGAUCCCAUUGAAUUCAUUGCUAAAGCAGGUAAGAUUGGACACCCAUACCAUAAGUUAUCCAAGUGCAACAAGGAUCUCAGAGACCUCGUUCAUGACUUAGUACACAAACCGGGACCGGUUCGUUCUCAGAGGAAGAAUUACAUCGAGAAGUGGGCCAGAAGAGCCAAAGAGUUGGAACCAGAGGAAACCAAGCUGAAAGCUGGCAUGUCGGAUCACAGAAGGAAGAUCCUUCAACCCAAACGUAUCUUGCUAUUUGAAGAGAUGCUGCGAGACAUUGGGUAUGACGAUAUGGGUGUGGUUCAGGAGCUCAUCGACGGAGCCACGCUGACGGGGGACAUUCCUAUCACUGGGGUGCUGGAUACCAAGCUCAAGCCUGCUAGGUUGGAUACUGAACAACUUAUAGGGAUGUCUGAUGAAAUCAGACAGCAGAUCCGGGUGAAGACUGGGUCGUCGGGUGAUAAGGAAAUCGACCAGCUGUUGUGGGAUAAGACGAUGGAAGAGGUACAGAGUGGAUACCUCUCAGGACCUUACGAUUUCGAGUCAUUGCCGAAAAGAUGUUUGGUCAGCUCCCGUUUUCCGUUGCUACAAGGGGAGAAGCUGCGACCAAUUGACAACUACUCAUCGAGUUUGAUUAACGACACGGUCACAGUUUCUGAAAAGCCUAUCACGCACUCUAUCGAUGAAAUUGCAUUGCUGAUAAAUACGCUUUCGAGUGCUGCCCGAAAGAAGAACCUGAACGCAUUGUACGGGAAAACGGCGGAUCUGAAGGGAGCUUACAGACAAUUGGCGGUAUCUGAUACAAGCUUAGAUUUUUCUUACCUCUCGGUCUACGACCCGGCAGAGGAGAAGCCCAAGUUGUUCCAACAACUAGCUGUGCCCUUCGGCUCAACCAAGGCCGUGUAUCUUUUCCUCAGAGUGGCGAGAGCUCUUUGGACUAUCUUGGUCAAAGGGGCCAGAAUCCCGACCACGAAUUAUUUCGACGAUUUUGUUCUGCUCGCUCUUGGAGGAGAUAGGAGUUCGUGUUCGCAUGCUUUCGAUGAAGUUAUGAGGCUGCUAGGUUGGAAGCUGUCAGCUGAUAAGACGACAGAGUGGGACACUAGCUUCGAGGCCCUUGGCGUCCUUUUCGAGCUUGACCAGACAGGGUCGGGAGUUCUGAAGGUCAGGAACACUGAGAAACGACGAAAGGAACUUACUGCUGCGAUCAAAGGUUUCCUGGACAAGGGAACCAUGACUCAGAAGGAAGCGCUACAACUGCGGGGUAGGCUGCAGUUUGCUCAAGCCCAGUUUUUCGGUAGGCUGGGAAGAAGGUGCCUUACGGAGGUGACAAAGCAUGCCUACACUGGCAGGUCGAAGCUUUCGUCGAUGGCCAAGGAACGACUUGAAGAGUUUGGUAAGUUCCUUGACAUGGCCCAACCGAGGAACUGGAGGCCUGGGGGCGUCCUUCUCACCGGGUCAGGCUCGGCACUCUCUUUCUUCAGCGUGCCGAUCUCAGAGCAGCAAGCCAAGUCUAUGUCGUUGCAAGAUGAGCAUACCAUCAUAUAUGAGCUCGAAAUGUUCUUGAUCGGUCUCAAGCUCUUGGUCGAAAAGACAGCUGCUUUCGCAGAAUCAUACGAACAGCCAGGUGCUGUUGCUGGAACUGGAGUGAUUUGUUAUAUCGAUAAUGAUGCUGCGAGACAUGCAUACAUCGCCGGCUCUUCGAAGAAAGGGGUUGCUGGGAUUCUUAUCGAUGAAGUCAAUUUCCUGGAGUAUGUCCACGGCAUCUUGCCGUGGUAUGCGAGAGUGGCAUCACCCGCCAAUCUGGCUGAUGAACCAUCGAGGAUGAAACUUGAUAGAGUCAAGAGGCUAGGAUUCAGAGACGAGUCCGUCGAGGCGACCAAAGCGGUGUUAUCAAUUGUGAAGAGGGUUUCAAAUCUGCCUGCUUAA